GCGAGCGAGACAGCGAGCUAGCGCGCGCGGGCGGGCGGACAGAUCGGAGCCGAGCUGGGCCGGGCGGGCCGCUCCCUGCAGGGCUCUGCGCGGCGUGCCGCGGCGGCCCCGGGCUCCGGCCCCGGGCCAUGAGCUCCUCCGCGACUCGGCGCUGAGCCCGCGACCGGUCCAGCGCCCCAGGACCCGCCGCCGGCUGCCGGCUUCCCGAAGCCCCCUCAGAAUCCCCUCAACAAGGAUGGAACUGAAGGCCGAGGAGGAGGAGGUGGGUGGCGUCCAGCCGGUCAGCAUCCAGGCCUUCGCCAGCAGCUCCACGCUGCACGGCCUGGCCCACAUCUUCUCCUACGAGCGGCUGUCUCUGAAGCGGGCAUUGUGGGCCCUGUGCUUCCUGGGCUCGCUGGCUGUGCUGCUGUGUGUGUGCACGGAGCGUGUGCAGUACUACUUCCACUACCACCAUGUCACCAAGCUCGACGAGGUGGCUGCCUCUCAGCUUACUUUCCCUGCUGUCACGCUGUGCAACCUCAACGAGUUCCGCUUUAGCCAAGUCUCCAAGAAUGACCUGUAUCAUGCUGGGGAGCUUCUGGCCCUGCUCAACAACAGGUAUGAGAUACCAGACACACAGAUGGCAGACGAAAAGCAGCUGGAGAUAUUGCAGGACAAAGCCAACUUCCGCAGCUUCAAACCCAAACCCUUCAACAUGCGUGAGUUCUAUGACCGAGCUGGGCACGACAUUCGAGACAUGCUGCUCUCCUGCCACUUCCGGGGAGAGGUCUGCAGUGCUGAAGACUUCAAGGUGGUCUUCACACGCUAUGGAAAGUGCUACACGUUCAACUCGGGCCGAGAUGGGCGGCCACGGCUGAAGACCAUGAAGGGUGGGACAGGCAAUGGGCUGGAAAUCAUGCUGGACAUCCAGCAGGACGAGUACCUGCCUGUGUGGGGGGAGACUGACGAGACGUCCUUCGAAGCAGGCAUCAAAGUGCAGAUCCAUAGUCAGGAUGAACCUCCUUUCAUCGACCAGCUGGGCUUUGGCGUGGCCCCAGGCUUCCAGACCUUUGUGGCCUGCCAGGAGCAGCGGCUCAUCUACCUGCCGCCGCCCUGGGGCACCUGCAAAGCUGUUACCAUGGACUCGGAUUUGGAUUUCUUCGACUCCUACAGCAUCACCGCCUGCCGCAUCGACUGUGAGACGCGCUACCUGGUGGAGAACUGCAACUGCCGCAUGGUGCACAUGCCAGGGGAUGCCCCAUACUGUACUCCAGAGCAGUACAAGGAGUGUGCAGAUCCUGCUCUGGACUUCCUGGUGGAGAAGGACCAGGAGUACUGCGUGUGUGAAAUGCCUUGCAACCUGACCCGCUAUGGCAAGGAGCUGUCCAUGGUCAAGAUCCCCAGCAAAGCCUCAGCCAAGUACCUGGCCAAGAAGUUCAACAAAUCUGAGCAAUACAUAGGGGAGAACAUCCUGGUGCUGGACAUUUUCUUUGAAGUCCUCAACUAUGAGACCAUUGAACAGAAGAAGGCCUAUGAGAUUGCAGGGCUCCUGGGUGAGCUGCUGAUGGCACCUGUCCCCUUCCCAUGCCAUGGGCAUGGCAUGGCUCCCUAUCAUCCAAAAGCAGGGUGCUCACUUCUGUCCCAUGAGGGUCCUCCACCCCAGAGGCCCUUCCCCAAACCCUGUUGUCUUGGUGACAUCGGGGGCCAGAUGGGGCUGUUCAUCGGCGCCAGCAUCCUCACGGUGCUGGAGCUCUUUGACUACGCCUACGAGGUCAUUAAGCACAAGCUGUGCCGACGAGGAAAGUGCCAGAAGGAGGCCAAAAGGAGCAGUGCGGACAAGGGCGUGGCCCUCAGCCUGGACGACGUCAAAAGACACAACCCGUGCGAGAGCCUCCGGGGCCACCCUGCCGGGAUGACAUACGCUGCCAACAUCCUACCUCACCAUCCGGCCCGAGGCACGUUCGAGGACUUUACCUGCUGAGCCCCGCAGGCCGCUGAACCAAAGGCCUAGAUGGGGAGGACUAGGAGAGCGAGGGGGCCCCCAGCUGCCUCCUCACAUCUGCCCUGGGGACUCCCCACACUCCGGGGCAGAUCUUUCCUCUUGUCUGUGGUAAGGAAGGAGUCUUGACCAUAGAGUCCUCUCCCUGCCUCUAUCCCAUUCUUUUUACGUUUAACAAAACUAAUCUAAGAAAGAACUGAAAAGGGAGAACGGGGCAAGGGACCUCAGGCUGCCCCUCUCUCCAUGCUGCCUCCCCUAGCUCCCAGCCUGAAUUUUGUCUGUCUAGCUGUCUGUCAUCUGAGUGUCCACCUACAUUCUGCUGCCACCAGUCACCAAAGGCCCUUCCCAGUGAGGGGUGGAAGGGAUCCAUGGGGUCUGGAAUUUGGCCCCAAACCAGAGAAUGUACCUUAAGGGGGAGGGCUAGUGUGGGGGAGGGAGGCUUCCCCAGCCUUAAGAGACCCUCUCAGCCCAGUGACUGUUCCCAAACCCAAGUCUCCUGGCAGGAACUAAAACCUCAGCCCCACUCUUUCACACCAUGUGGAAUCUCGUGGGGGUCGGGGAUCCCCUUAAGAAGUGGUAAUGGGGUCAAGAUGCGGCCCCGGUGCUGUAGGCUACAUCCUGAUACCUGUAAGUUCACCCCCACCCCACAGCUGCUGGAGAGAAAUCCCAAGAGGCAGCCCUCCCUCACCAUCCCAUAAAAGACCUGGCUGGUUAACGUCCAGCUCAGGGAGAAGGGCACUGGUGCCUAACCUCACUAGUCCCUCUCCCGGAGGCCCUUGUAGAGGGCCACGUCCAUAAAUUUUCUUAUGGAACUCUCCCACAUCCUCUUCUCCAACUUCAUUUGCUUCUCUCAACAACCUCAUCUGCACUUUCUAUUUCUAUAUGAUACAGACUCUAUAUUGCUAUAUCUCUGUAUAUACUUUCCACAGCCCUGUCUGUCUCCACCCCAUCCCCUUUUGUCUCUGAGAACCAUUCUCCCACCCCAAGUUCCACCUUCUAUGUUUCUGCCCCCUCCCUGGUCUCUGAAUGCCUUCGCCUGUAUAAAGAGUUGGACUCUCUCCCCUGGUGUCUGUACUGUGUACACACAUCCCUCUGAGAAGCACAAGGAGACGACACGCGCAUUGUAACCUUUGCACUGUCUCAGUGGCGACAAAGGAAGCUGUGAAUCACAAGCUCUGCCUCUUUCUGGCCUCACCCUCUCCCCCAACCCGGGCACCCUCGACCCUCCCUGCAGCCUUAACAUUCUCUUCCCCUGCUCCUCCUAUCCCAUUGCUCUUUGCCCAGCUGACAGUAGCAUCCCCAGGGAAGGGGUUGCUGUAGAGAUAGCCCCCACCCAGGGGAUGGAGGUCUGCCCUGGACACUAAGCCAAGUGUGUCAGAGACAGAAGGGAGCUGGGGAUUGGUGACUCCUAAAGCUGGGGCAGUGGGAUGCUAACAGGCAGAAGCUGAGGUCCUCAGUCAGUGGCCUUUCCUCCUUCUGGGUGCCCAGCCCCCUUUCCUCACCUGAUACCCAAGCCCACCACUUUUAUUUUCUGGUGAGCUGGGUUUGGUAGGAAAGAGAGGCCUAGAGGAGGAGUUGAAAGCUCUGCUGUUGUCCCUCCCUAUCUUAAUGAGAGACAAGUGAGGUGGAGGGCCUGCCCCCUCCCUCCACCAGACACUCCUUCCAGGCCUAAGCCCCAACCCCUCUCCAGGCCUUCCUUCCCCAGCUGUGUCUUGGUCUUCAAUCCCAGAACAGGACCUGUGAGCAGGUCACCUGUGCAUUGGCCUGGAGCUGGAGAGUAAGGCUAUAGGAUCUUUGGAAUCUCUUGGUUCCUAGGAGUUCCUCAGAGAUCAUACCUCCCCAGAGGGAAGCAGGGAUGAGGCCAAAACGUGUGCAUUGGAUAGGGGAACAGCAGGCAGGGCUUUGGGUGACGCAUGCCUCUGGUUUAAUAAACUGGGUUUCAACCAUC